ACUAACAGAUCACUCGACACCUACCGGCCCAGGCAGGGCUGGGACUGGGCAUUUCCUGGCUGAGCUGGAGGCUUGGGCCUUUCCCAUUGUCUCAGAACCCCAGGUGAAGCCAAGACAUAGGCUCUGCUGGGAUGCCAUGCUUGGUGACCCAGGAGAAGGACUAGAUUGCUCCUGGUGGUUGCUCCCCCUUGCAGAGUCCCAGCUGCCCCUUUGGGUCCUGUUGCCUGGCCUCUUUUGCUGUCCUGGGUAGAGGAGAUGAGUUUGUCGCUGGCUGCAAGCUGAGGCCAGCUGACAAUGCUGCACAGAGAAGGAGCACCGAGAGUGGCUCCGGAUUGAGGAGCCUGUAGUGCAGAGCAGCCCCUCGGGCAUUCUGCCUGGCCCUGCUUCCCUGGCCGGCUGCCCUUCUUCUGCUUGCAUCCCAGGUGGCAUCAUGCUGCAGCAGAUCCUGCAUGACAUGUACAUCGACCCCGAGCUCCUUGCUGAGCUCAGCGAUGUGCAGAAGCACAUCCUCUUCUACAAGAUGCGGGAGGAGCAGCUGAGGCGCUGGAAGGAGCGGGAGACUUGGGAGGCCCUGGCCCAAGAUGAGGGUCUCAGGCCUCCAAAGACCAAGCGAGCAGCGAGUGACAAGCACAUCCAAUGGCUCCUAGGGGCAGAUGGCGAGGUCUGGGUCUGGAUCAUGGGAGAAGGCCCUGGUGACAAGCCCUACGAAGAGAUCUCUGAGGAGCUGAUUGCAGAGAGGGCGCGGCUACAGGCACAGAGGGAAGCUGAGGAGCUCUGGAGACAAAAGGAGGCAGAGAUCACCAAGAAGUUCCGGGAUGCUCUGGCCAAUGAGAAAGCCCGGAUCUUGGCGGAGAAGUGGAAAGUGGAGAUGGAAGACCGCAAGGCUGCCAAAGUCCUGGAGGAACGCAUCCACGAGGAAUUCAAGAGGAAAGAGGAAGAGGAGAGGAAGCGAGGAGAAGAGCAGAUUCGCCUCCAGGAAGAGCAGAGGGCGAAGGAGCUCUACUGGACCCUGAAGCAGGCUCAGCUGCAUUGCCAAGCCAGUGAGAAAGAGGAGCAAGAGUGGGAAGAACAGUUGCGCAGGUCCAAGGCGGCUGAUGAGGAGAGGAGCCGCCGAGCCCAGCGCGCCCGGGACGAGUACCGACGCCACUCGCUCCGUGCUAUCCAGAAGGGCACGGUCGCCGGCCUCAGCUCCAUGUUCCGGGAGCUUGGCCAGAGCCACGAGCAGGAGGCAAGACUCUACCACCACCUCCCCGGCCCCGGUCCGCCGCAGUCCCUCGCCCUGCCGGUCAGGACCUGGGAGCGCCCGCUGCGCCCAGUCUCCAGAGAUGUCAUCGUCCGCUGGUUUAAGGAGGAGCAGCUGCCUCGCCGAGCUGGCUUCGAGAGGAACACCAAGUUCAUCGCCCCCUGGUUCCAUGGAGGAAAUUAUCACUGUUUCAGGAGGAGAGUUACUUCAGGAACCCUGCGGACAGAGGGACAGCCCACCAGACUACCAUCUGUUGUUUGAAUAAUUUUUUUCCUUAUCAGUUGGAUUCGUUUUGGCAUCCUGUUUUUGAACUCAGUUUAAGAACUUCUCAACUCACAUCCUAUGGCCUUCUGGAAGAUCCACCACUAUCCAGAGGAAAAAGUAGAUUAAUAUGUCUCAAGGGAUAUGACAUCUAUGGCAUAGGGCUACUGGUCUCAUCCCAGUGAUCAGAACAGAAAUUGCUAAUAGCUCAUGCAACUCUUUCAUGAAGAGCUUGGCUAUGACCUUAGAAGAAAAAGCCUGUUUGUCAUGGCUUCCGUAAACUGAGCUCUUACAGUGCGUGGACCAUGUUUUAAUAAUCCAAAAUAAUUCCAGUGCCGAACCCUGAAUUUAACAUAUGGUAGACGUUCAGUAAAUGUUUGUUGAAUGAAUGGAUGUCUUCUAAAAGUUUUUCAACACAAAUUAGCAGUGGUUUCUUGUAAAUUAUUUCCUACUCGCCACUCUAUAAAAUCAUGGCAAUAAUAGAAGAUUAUGAAGGAUUUCUAUGGAGGACAUAAAUGCUGCAUCUUUCAUAAUCUCCAUUAUUACCCUCAUUGAUAUUAUCAUUGGAAUUAUUUAAGGCAAGCCCCAGUUUCCAGGGCAGCUGAUUGACACUGUCCUGCCUUCCUUAUUUAACCUCUUCUUUUGCCACUUGCCUCUAUCUUUGAAUCGUAUUUUGGCCCUGGUUUUGCAAUGGUUUUAUGUAAUCCUACAGAUGUCUUCAAGACCUGGGGUGAGUUACAACUGCAAGAAUGGUUUUUUAGAAAUCUGAUGAGGCCUCUGCUCUCUGGGAUGUGGCCCUCUUUAUGCAGGUUACUCCAAUGAUUAGCUCUGUCCUCAUUGUCCUUUUAAUUCCCUUGUCAACUUAAUCUCAGUAUGUUCCUUAUAUUAACAAGAAGACUCACCCAAUAACUCCUCAAUAACUCUCAGUGAUGGUAUCUAUUGGUGCAUACUUGUGUUCCACAAUUAUGGCCAUAUACACAGAGGUAGUAUAUGAUGAAGAGAAGAUUACAGUCUUUACAGUCAAGAAGACUUGGGUUCAUAUCCUCAUCCUGGAACUUACUAGCAUUAUAAUGCCUUGCAGCAUUGUGUUUGGUGAGAAGAAAAGAAUGAAUGGACUCUAGGGAUGUUAGGGAACGAUUUACUUUACUUGAUGGCUGUAUCAAACAUCUAUGCCCCACUUCUUCUUUUGCCUCACCUAUUCCUUAGAUUCUUGGUCACUUCUCUACCACAGGCCACUGGCACUAUAACCAGUUUUGCAUGGGUUCUGCUCUUCCUCCCUAUGUUGAUCAGUGUCAUGUGAGCAUAAGCCAAUGGUAGCUUGCCACAUGCCCCAUCUCCCGUUGCUGCAGAGGCAUAAGACAGAAGAGAUGGGAAGUGAAUGCCCCAUGUGGUGAAUCUGGGAUGAAUGGGAGUCACAGGCUGGUAGAUCGCUUUUUCCCCCUUCUUCCUCCUGGAGGAACUAUUCUGAGAGGCAUCUGUUUGUAUGGUCUUUUAGAAGACAGCUACGCAAGAUCAAGCAACCAGUCCUGAUGAAACCAAGUGGUGGCCGGAUCAGUAUACACCCCGCUGCCCCUGUUUUUUUCUUCUUCUCUGCCUUGCCCUGCUCUCUCCUGUUGCUCUGGGAUUGCACUUCUCAAUGAAGUAGCAGCUCAUAAGCUUUUGCCACAGGCUCUGCCUUUUGGGGAAUCCAGGAUAAGAACCCAUCAUACAGAAGUGUUCAAUAAUAUCAAUUUUGCAACUCAGCUCCAUGGCUUCCCCCAGUCUGCCUGUCUCACUACAUGCAUAAAGAGAAAUGAUGGAAGGAACCUGCUUUCUGAACUCUAAUGUGCUUUCAUUGAUUAUCAUUAAAAUUAUCAUUAAAAUUGCCUUAUUUCUAUGGACCCAGAGGAACGAUGUUUUAGUUUUGGCUCUCUGACUUACCAACUAUGUGACUUUGUCCAAGUCAUUUAACUUCAGUAAACCUCGGUAUGACUGAAAAGGGAAUUUUCUGUAUGGCCGUCACUAGGUUUUUUUGCGGGUUAGUUAAAUGAUAAACAUGAAAGCUCUGUCCAAAUGAAAAAGGUAUUGCUAACAACAACAACUUAGUGCUUAGCCCGUGAUGUGUCAGGGGAUAUGAUGUGAUGAUUUUCAAGGUGUUGGAAGAAACUUCUGUUCCAAGAACUACCAGCAGCUUUGAAAGCAGACCAAGAUGGGUUGAGACCCUGAAUCCCUGGGCUGUUGUUCCUGUCACCCCUAAUUAAUAUGUGAGAGACAACAGCUGGGUUUUCCAUCCCUAACACAUUUAUUUCAUUUUAUUUGGGGCCUGCAAUUUCUGCAUGUCUCAUAUAUUUUAGGUUUUACCUUUUUACCUGGCUUUAAAAUAAAUCCCUUGUAAGUUGUCCUGCAAAUGAAAUUACUGUCUGGAAAACUGUAAUUUCAUCUUGAGAGUUUUAUUAUGCUAAUAAAUGUCAGGAUUCUCAAAU